AUGACUAACAACGAGGCCGAGUAUGAAGUUGUGAUUUCAGGAUUGAAAUUAGCCCUUAAAUACGGCACCCGGCAACUAGUCCUCCAUUGCGACUCUCAACUCAUGGUGAACCAAGUCACCGGGACUUUCCAAAUCAAAGAACAGCGACUACAAAAGUACCAGUUAGAAAUUCACAAACUGCUGCCAAAAUUCGAUGAACGCCGCCUCGACCAAAUAGCUAGGGCGCAGAAUAUCAAAGCGGACGGCCUUGCCAAGCUAGCGGCAGCCACCGAAAAUAUCAACAAGGAAAACGUGGUCACCCUUCUCCAUUACGCAAUAGACCACGUCGAGGUACAUUCUAUAAGCCUGACUUGGGACUGGCGCAACCAUCUCGUAGCAUAUUUGCAGGACGGAACUCUCCCGCAAGAUAAGAAAAAAGCCAAAAAGCUUCGGAUACAGGCAGCCAGAUACAGCCUUGUAAACGGUGAUAUCUACAAAAGAACGUUCAGCGGCCCCCUGGCCAAGUGCCUUGGGCCAAACCAAACAAGACGAGUACUGGAAGAAGUACACGAAGGGCACUGCGGCGCCUACACGAGAAACCGCGCCCUCAUCCGCUGCCUCAUCCGUGCCGGAUACUACUGGCCCACCAUGAAAAAAGAAGCCGCGGACUACGUCGGGAAAUGCGAACAGUGUCAGAAGUACGCCCCUAUGAUACAUCAAGCAGGGGAACUCCUUCAUUUCGUCACUUCACCAUGGCCAUUUAUAAACUGCGACAACGAACCUCAGUUUGUCGAAAAGAAAACGACCGAGUUUUUCGAGAAAUGGCACAUCAAACGAAUACUCUCCACACUGUAUCAUCCCGCCGGUAAUGGUCUAGCCAAAUCCUCCAAUAAAGUAAUACUGAAUAUAUCGAAAAAGAAGCUUGAGGACGCCAAGGUGCUAUGGCCUGAACUACUACCGGAAGUAUUAUGGGCAUACCGCACCACACCAAAAACCAGUACGGGUGAGACGCCAUAUUCACUAGUCUACCGAACUGACGCAGUUAUACCGGUCGAGGUCGGAGAGCCUAGUUUGAGAUACUCCAACGAGAGCGGACCAAGCAACGAUGAAAGCAGGCUACAAGAUCUGGAUGAAGUCGAAGAACGGAGAGACAUGGCCCACAUAAGAAUGGUAGCCUAG